AAGGACUGCCCACUGAAUGCCUAUAAAAUACAAUGUGCAUCAGACUUGAAGACUGCAGAAACCAACAGCACAUUCUCAAUAAAGAAUCCUGAUUCUCCUGGAAUUGCUAGUUACCGGCAACAAAAUGUGGAUUCUUGCAACAGUUGUAAUGCUAAAUGUGUGGGCUGUAACAGCAGACGAUGUACUUUCAUCAAAAAUAGACAUCAUUGAAGAACUACAGAAAAUAAAGACCGUGGGAACAAGGAUGGAGAAGGAAAUGGAACGACUAAAAACAGAGAACGAAGAACAAGCAAAAGAACUGAAGAUUUUGUAUGACACAAAGAUCCAAAUGGAUGAACUAAUAAAGCAGAAUCAAGCUCCUAAAGUGGCUUUCUCAGCCUCUCUGUUGACCUCUUUUGGACCACAAAGCGUUGGACCCUUUGAUGGUGAUUUACACACCCUGAUUUACAAACACAUUUUCCUCAACACUGGAAACGCCUAUGAUGCAAAUACAGGAAUCUUCACAGCACCUGUGAGGGGAGUGUAUGUAUUCAGGGUUUUCUCAAAGGCGUUCGGAAAUCCACUGAGAGCUGUUACCGCAGGCCUGUUUAAAAAUGACCAGCAUAUAAUUUCUACACACGGACACCAAGAAGCUGGUUUUAUCAGUUCUUCAAAUGGAGUCUCUCUGCUGCUAGAAAAAGGGGAUACAGUGAAAGUAAAUCUCUAUGCUGGCCAAUGGAUAUUUGACAAUGGAGAACACCAUCACAGCACAUUCAGUGGACAUCUGCUUUUCCCCAUGUAAACUUGCAGACAGUUUAUUCACCCAAAAAAUCUAUUCAUAAAUAAAGGAUGUAUACAAUCCUUAAAAAAAAA